GCAGGAUGAGUCAACUAAAAUCCCUACAAAAUUCUCCUUCCCUCGUUUUCCACAAAAUUAGACAAAUUGCCACUGUGUCAGCUCAUCCAUGGCUACCCUCUCCCUCCAACCUCACUAUUCGCCUCUUCAAUUCCGUCGAUUCCGCCUCAGUAAUUUUCAUCUCAAAGUUGUUCCUAGAUUUUCCCGCCAAUUUUACGGGAAGAAAGUUAGGUCUUUGUCUACUUCGAGAGGAAAUGUGAUUGUUAGAGGAAGAGAUGGAGUGUUAUCAAUUUCUUGUUUCUCUAAAACGAAUGCUGAGAUUGAAAAGGUUUCAUCGGAAGAGAAAAAGGAUGAAGAGCGGCCACCGUUUGAUAUUAAUCUUGCGGUUAUUCUUGCUGGUUUCGCUUUCGAAGCUUAUACUAGUCCUCCUGAAAAUAGAGGGAAGCGUGAAAUUGAUGCUGCAGAUUGUAAGACUGUUUAUCUCUCAGAGUCGUUUAUACGAGAGAUAUACGAUGGCCAGUUGUUUAUAAAGUUAAAAAAGGGUUUUGAUUUCCCUGCUAUGGAUCCAUGGGGAACUAGUGAUCCAUAUGUGGUAAUGCAAUUGGAUGGUCAGGUUGUCAAAAGCAAGACUAAAUGGGGGACAAAGGAGCCAAAAUGGAAUGAGGACCUCACCUUUAAUAUUAAACUGCAUCCUUUGAAAUAUAUUCAGGUUGCUGCUUGGGAUGCAAACCUUGUGACUCCGCAUAAGCGCAUGGGGAAUGGAGGCAUUAGUCUAGAAAGCCUCUGUGAUGGAAACUUGCAUGAGGUGCUGGUGGAGUUGGAAGGAAUGGGAGGUGGUGGCAAGUUGCAGCUUGAGGACUUCUUUGUCAAUAUAAAUUUCCUCAGUGUUUUGACUGCCACAACUCGUGUGUUGCUGAUGGAAAGUUUUAUCUGCCUUUCACCACACAUUUUCAAGGUUAAGUAUAAGAGUUUUGAUGAGAUUGAGGAAGAGAAAAUGUGGUGGAAAGUGCCCUUUGUUACAGAAUUUCUUCGGAGAAACGGAUUUGAGUCUGCUCUAAAAAUGUUUGUUGGCACUGAGACUGUGCCAGCACGCCAGUUUGUGGAAUAUGCCUUUGGGCAGUUAAAGUCAUUCAAUGAUGCAUAUUUUUUGAAGGAACGAGUGUUGAACAGUAAUAAGAAUGGAGCAGGUGUUGGGACUUCUAAUGAUUUUGCUGUGUCAGCGAUGUCUUCACAUGUGGAAAGUAGUUCAGAAACCUCUAUCAUUGACAAAGGUACCAACAAUGAGAAUAAUUCAGAGAAGUUUCACUUGGAUAAUGUUGGCAUGGCUAAUGGGCAGAGCACUGAACCGGUGGCACAAGUUGGUGAAAUUAUGCAGUUCGAUAAGCACUUCUGGAAGAACUUUGCUGAUGUUAUCAAUCAAAAUGUUGUUCAGAAACUUGGAGUUCCUGUUCCAGAGAAAUUAAAGUGGGAUGGAUUUGACUUGUUAAACAAAAUUGGUCUACAGUCCCGAAAAAUUGCAGAAGCAAAAUAUAUCGAAUCUGGGCUUGCAACUCAAGAUAAUCAGGAUAUUGAAGGUGAUAAAGUGCUUGAAUCUGGGUUUGCGAAUCCUGAAGAUCAGGAAAAUAAGAAUGAUAAAGCGAUUGGACCACUUACCAUUAGCAGAAUACAAUCUUCACUUCCAGACAUAAAGAAGGCAACAGAGGAUGUAUUAAGGCAAACUGAUUCUGUUUUAGGAGCAUUAAUGGUGUUGACUGCAGCAGUUUCUCAGUCCAAAAGGGAAGGACAGGAGAAUGACACUAAAGAAGACUCCUCUGCAGGAGUGGAAAACAAUGUCUCUAGGUACAGUGGUGGUGAGAAUGUCUCUAGCUCACUAGAUGGUUCGGUAUUAGAGGAGAAAAAAGCUGAAGAAAUGAAAGAACUCUUUGCAACUGCUGAAAGUGCCAUGGAAGCCUGGGCAAUGCUUGCCACGUCACUGGGCCAUCCAAGUUUUAUCAAAUCUGAAUUUGAGAAAAUAUGUUUUCUGGAUAAUGCAACCACAGAUACCCAGGUGGCAAUUUGGCGUGAUUCAGCAAGGAGGCGAUUAGUGAUUGCUUUUAGGGGGACUGAACAAGCAAGAUGGAAGGACUUACGGACAGAUUUAAUGCUUGUUCCUGCUGGGCUAAACCCUGAAAGGAUUGGUGGAGACUUCAAGCAAGAAGUCCAAGUUCAUAGUGGAUUUUUAAGUGCAUAUGAUUCAGUUAGGAUAAGGAUUAUCUCCCUCCUCAAAACAUCAAUCAGAUAUAUAGAUGAAACCACAGAGCCACUGCAUAGAUGGCAAGUUUAUGUGACUGGUCAUAGUUUGGGUGGUGCACUAGCUACCCUGCUUGCUCUUGAACUUUCAUCAAGUCAAUUAGCAAAGCAUGGGGCGAUUUCAGUGACUAUGUAUAACUUUGGUUCUCCUAGAGUAGGUAACAGAAGAUUUGCAGAAGUAUAUAAUGAGAAAGUUAAAGAUAGCUGGAGAAUUGUUAACCACAGAGACAUUAUACCAACAGUCCCCCGUUUGAUGGGUUAUUGCCAUGUUGCUCAGCCUGUUUAUCUUGCUGCUGGAGAAUUAAGAGAUGCUUUGGAAAAUAUGGAGCUCUGGAAAGAUGGUUAUCAGGGUGAUGUGAUUGGGGAGUACACACCAGAUGUUCUUGUCACAGAAUUUAUGAAAGGAGAAAGAGAACUCAUGGAACAGAUAUUGCAAACUGAAAUCAAUAUAUUCCGUGCAAUUCGUGAUGGGAGCGCGCUUAUGCAGCAUAUGGAGGAUUUCUAUUACGUCACACUGCUAGAGAGUGUGAGAUCAAAUUACCAAACUGUUGCAAGCUCACGAAAUAAUGAAAAAGGCAGCAUGUCAACCAGCUAAGAAAAAAACAGCUUCCCUUGGUAAAGGUGUUUAUAAGAAAGAUUGUUAGAAUAUUACAUCAGACUGUAGGCAAAAUGUACAGUUUUUUCCCCUCAUAUUAUAUAUCUUGUACAGUGACUUUCAUAGGGCAAUAAUAUAAGUCGUCUCAAAUGUCAACUCCAGGUUUCUUGCUUUCCAUUUCCUAUAAUCAUUAUGACUUAUUCUGGGUUUCUUUUUCCAUUCCUGCCCAAUGUUUUACUUGCAUUAAAAGAUGUACAUUUGAACUUUUGAUUCUCUUUUGUAAUGAGAUACCAUCAGAUUACAUAA